UGUAGGCCCCAGGGCUGACCAAUCCAUGGCGGAAACCAUUUUUGGCAGUGGCAAUGACCAGUGGGUGUGUCCCAACGACCGGCACCUGGCUCUCCGCGCCAAGCUUCACAGUGGCUGGUCGGUGCACACUUUCCAGACGGACCGUCAGAGGAAGAUGCAGGCGCUGGAUUCGAAGGAAAUGGAGGUCAUUCUGGCGGUCAUCCGAAGAGCUGAGAAGCUGGACAUAAUCGAGCAGCAGAGAAUUGGGCGCCUUGUGGAACGGCUGGAGAACAUGCAGAAAAACGUCCUGGGGAACGGGUCGACUCAGUGCCUGCUCUGCGGGGAAGGUCUGGGGUUUCUGGGGAGCGCGGCCGUGUUUUGCCAAGACUGCAAAAAGAAAGUUUGCACAAAGUGUGGCAUAGAAACGCCGGGUCCCCACAAACGGACCGUUUGGUUCUGUAAGAUCUGCAGCGAGCAGAGAGAGGUCUGGAAGCGAUCUGGGGCCUGGUUCUACAAAGGUCUCCCGAAAUGCAUCCUGCCCUUAAAAGGGAACAGUGGCGGCACUGGCGGCAGCAAAGCCAAGGAGAUCCACCUUCGGCCCCCUCCUCCUCGCCUGACACCCCCAUCACUGGAACUCCGGGGCAGUGGGAUGGAUCACACCUACACCUGGGCCAGGAGCAAAGCCAGGAACAGGCACUCUAGUUUCAGUUUCCAGAUCAGGAAACACCCAGCAGACUCUGUUUCCAGUGGCGAGGCUGCUCAGUCGCCAAGCAGGAGCGUCGGUCGGACUUUGGGUAGUACCAAAUCAGAAAGCCAGAGCAGUCUGGGCAGCGAGCGCUACAGUGCCCCGGAGGGCUACCAAAGUGAUCGUGAAGAUGGGGACAGCGAUACUGUCCGAAGCGCUCCCGGUGGACGUCCUGGCGAGGAUUCGGAGAGGAAGAACGUGUCCCGCCGGCAAUAUGGCGACAACCUUACCCCUCGGUCGCACCUCCGCCUUUGUGGUUACCAGCUGACCGGCCUCUUUGACACCCAGGACCUGCCGAAAAAAAGGCACCUUAAAAAUUCUCGGCGUUGGAUUUUUUCCAGCCAAGGAUGGGUGCCGUGUCGAAACAAUUUGAAUUUGGACCCCAAUUCUGAGAUUUUUCCUAUGUUCCCCGGCCUAGGGGAGAGACUUUGA